AUGGGCACCAAGCAGACCAAGGGCUGCCAGCCGAGCAGUGCUGGGGAGAGCCCCCCAGCCCACCACCGCAAGAAAGUACCCCCCAGGGAAAGGGGAGAUUUCUUCGCUUCCCUCGUGGCGAAGUCCGGCGAGAAGUUUGGGAAGGGUGGUGGCAGCAGCUUGCCCCCUUACCACCGGCGGAUCUGCAUGAUCCAGGACAUGCUGGUGCUGGUGAAGCAGGGGAAGCAGGAGGAGGCCACCGAGCUGCUGAGGCACCUGCGGCAGGAUUUAGGAAUGGAGUCGACCUCGCUGGAUGAUGUCCUCUAUCGAUAUGCCAGCUUUCGAAACCUGGUGGAUCCAAUCACUCAUGACUUGAUCAUCAGCCUUGCUAGAUACAUUCACUGCCCCAAACCGGAGGGGGAUUCCCUCGGGGCCAUGGAGAAGCUUUGCCGGCAGCUCACCUACCACCUCAGCCCCCACUCGCAGUGGAGACGCCAGGGCAUCAUGAAGAGGAAGCCGCAGUCCUG